AGGUGUUUGUGGGACUUUGACUGAUCAUGAUGGGUGCACUCGGAAACGUUCGUCGUGGCGGUCGCUCCCCGUCUUUGAUGAUGGCGGCUCUCAUCUCCUGCGUCCUGCUCCUUGGCUUCAACUACUGGGUCUCAAACUCAAAAAUCAGCGAGCUGCAGAGCAGGAUAAUGGAGAUGAAGGGCCACAUGAGGGAGCUGGCUGCAGAAAGAGACCAAGAGCAGCAGAGCAAGCUGAAGGCCAUGGAAGAGAUUAGCAGACAGAAGGAUCAGAUGGAGUUACUGGAGGAAACACACCAGAGACAGCAGGAGAACACUCUCAUCACCUGGAAACACGAAAGAGAUAAACUGAAGUUCAAUAUUUCCUCCAGUAUUAAAACAGUGCAGGACAUGAAGAACCGCAUGAAGUCAGUAAUGGAGGAUGUUAAUAAAAGUCAGAGCGAGCUGAAAUCCUGUCAAAGUAACAUGGACACACUUAAUAAGAAAGCCACCAGUGAAAUGACUCAGUGCAACAAACAAAUUGAGGCCACAAAAGACGAAUGCAAUGAAAAAAUUGCAGCUGCCAAACUGGAAAAGCAAAAGACAUCAGAAAAGGUUGCUCUACAGAAUGCUGAUGGUUCCAUAGAGAAAGUCUCUGUUUCAAAAGCCAAAUCUGAUGUUCCCACUACAAACCAUUCUGAUAAAAAUGUGGCAGAAUCUCCAAAAGGCAAACCAGAUGUGGGUUCACAGUCUAAAAAUGAUGCUCACGUCCAAACCAAUAAGUUAUUAGUGGAAAAAGAUGAGAAAGGUGCUGUAAUUUUACAGCCCAUCCCCUCCUCCAAAGUUGCCAAUAAGAAUGAGACUCUAAAGAAACCAGCCAAUGAAAAAGUUCCAGAAGCAGUGGUGGAUGUUAAAGCACAGGCUUCAAAGGCUGCAGAUACUGUAAAGGAUAAAGCAAGGAUUUUAGACCCAAAGGAAGAAGACAUUAGGAUUGGAGACCCAAAAAAAGAUAACAUGGGGAUUGGAGACCCCAAAAAAGAUGACAUGGGGAUUGGAGACCCAAAGGAAGAAUACCUGGGGAUUGGAGACCCAAAGAAAGAUGGCAUGGGGAUUGGAGACCCAAAGAAAGAUGACAUGGGGAUUGGAGACCCAAAGAAACAUGACAUGUGGAUUGGAGACCCAAAGGAAGAAGACCUGGGGAUUGGAGACCAAAAGAAAGAUGACAUGGGGAUUGGAGACCCAAAGGAAGAAGACCUGGGGAUUGGAGACCCAAAGAAAGAUGACAUGGGGAUUGGAGACCCAAAGGAAGAUGACAUUGGUAUUCGAGACCCAAAGGAAGAAGACCUGGGGAUUGGAGACCAAAAGAAAGAUGACCUGGGGAUUGGAGACCCAAAGAAAGAUGACUUGGGGAAUGGAGACCCAAAGAAAGAUGACAUGAGGAUUGGAGACAAGAGAGAGGAAGAUGCCAACAUUGAGGACAGAAAAGAUGAAGACGCUGCAGGUGGGAAGGAAGGUGCCAUUAUGUAUGAAAAUGAGGGCGAGAUUGAAAAACAGCUGUCCAAGAUUAAAGAUGAAAAUCAAGGUGUUGGUCAAGAUCUAGCGGAUGAUGUGGCAAAUUACAAUGGUGAUGAUGAAAACCAACCAGAAUCUGAGGAUGAGAAGCAGGCAGAGCUUGCAGAGAUUUGGAAUUGACAGCAACAAUUUCUCCAGCUAAAGACCGGCACAGAUUCUCAUUAGUGACUGUUCUGAACCAACAGGUGGAGAAGACACCUGCUGUAAAGAGUGAUUUGUUCUGGAUGAUUACUGCACUAAUGUGUAAUGAAGAAUAUGUGUAUC